GAUUGGCUGGCGCUUCUGGAAUCACAUGACGAGGCAGCGGGAAGAUGGCGGAGCCGCUAGGCGCCGCGGCCGAGGACCCGUGGGGAAAACAGGUGGACUGUGUGUACAGCGACAAUGGACUGGAGGCUCCACUCUUUGUGGAAAGCAGUAGAAAGGGAAGCAUAGUAUCACGAGCAAACAGCAUUGGCUCCACUAGUGCCUCCUCUGUCCCCAAUACAGAUGAUGAAGACAGCGAUUAUCACCAAGAAGCCUAUAAAGAGUCAUACAAAGACCGGCGCAGGCGUGCACACACCCAGGCAGAGCAGAAGAGAAGGGAUGCCAUCAAGAAAGGCUACGAUGACUUGCAGGCUAUUGUGCCUACAUGCCAGCAGCAAGAUUUCUCCCUUGGCUCCCAGAAGCUGAGCAAAGCCAUUGUCUUGCAGAAAACCAUUGACUAUAUUCAGUUCCUGCACAAGGAGAAGAAGAAACAGGAGGAGGAAGUUUCAACACUCAGGAAAGAUGUCAUGGCCUUGAAGAUCAUGAAAGUAAACUAUGAGCAGAUUGUCAAAGCUCACCAGGAUAACCCCAAUGAGGGGAAAGACCAGGUGUCUGACCAAGUCAAGUUUAAUGUUUUCCAAGGCAUCAUGGAUUCUUUGUUCCAGUCGUUUAAUGCCUCCAUCUCGGUAGCAAGUUUUCAGGAACUUUCAGCAUGCGUCUUCAGCUGGAUUGAGGAGCAUUGCAAACCACAGACCUUGCGGGAUAUUGUGAUCGGGGUUCUGCAUCAACUAAAGAGUCAGCUCUAUUGACUGCGCUCCCUGUGGUGCCCCAGUGGCAUGAGCUUUCUUCCUCUUACCAGGCUACAGAAGUGUGGGGCACCACUCAGCUGAGAGAGGAGCAGGUUCCAGGAAAAGCUGGUCUGUUUCCCUUGUGGUUAUUUGUAAAGUUUUUCUCUGGAUUAUUUAUUGCAUUAACUAUGAAACCAAAACUGGGCAUGUAAGUGCAUGUCUUCUCCACAGAUACUGUCAGUCUGUAUCACCAAAGUAUCUGUAGGGACUGAGUCAGCAGAGAAAGGAAGACAUAUCUGUUAAAUACAAUCCUCCUUGUCACAAGGAAGGAGAGGGUCUCUGGGCCAGGAUUGUGCGGGAGUGAGUAGGUCUAGCCUGUACCAGCUACAGGAGCUAAAGUGAUGGGAUGAGAGUCAGCUCUGUAGCCUUCAGAUUACCUAUUCUGUUCUGGUGGCAAUGCCUGUAGUGUAACUGUUGCCUGGACCACACAGCACUUCCUGCCUUUUAGACUUUCAAACCAGUAAGAUGCCAACCUUAAGUAUCAUACUCUACAGUUUGUUAUUCAGUGAGUACCUUGACGCUGUAGAGUUUGAGAUAAAGAGGCAGCGAGAGUGAGAAUUUGUGUUGCAUUACAUUACACUUACAUCCAGCCAUUACACUGCAGGACUUUAAAAGCAUGUGAAUGGAAGCAAAGCAACUCUCAAAUUCUAGACCCCAAGACAAAGGAUGUGAAUCAGCCUGGCAGUCCAGGAAAGAAGCUGACUUCCACUAAGGAGGGUUAAGAAUAAGCUUCCCUGGAAGCAGGGUCUCUCAUCACUGCAAACUUUGACAGCUUCUGUAGCAGCUGAUACUAGCUUCCCAGAGACAGGCCACUGCUUUCUUCUAUAACAGUUUGGUUAUUUAAUCUAGCCAUGGGACAGAGGAUCACUUACUUAUUUGUGCAGAACUUUCAGAAAGACCACAAAAAGCAAGCUAGGUGGGGUUCGCCAAAUCCUGCUGUAACGAGAGGGUCUUAAUACAAAACUGCAUAGAAGCUGCCUCUCCCCACUGGGCAGAUAUGGAUGGUGUAGGGCUCCUCUGGGACAGCUGCUAACUGACCUUUCCCACUCUAGCCAUGUUUCCUUCACAGUGAAAUAGGAGUACAGUUUUCUGUACAGGCUUCUCUUGCCAUCUCAGUUCAACUGCUGAAAGAUCUCUGGUUUCAUCUGACUUGUGUUUCUGAGAGUCACAAUGUAUGGGGAAAAAGAAUGGUACAUGUAGCAGAGCUGCUGUCAAUCUUAAUCUGCUUUUGUUUAGAAGUGUAAUUUUAUAUUUUAAAAAAAUACCUCUUGCCUUUUGUAAGUCAAGGAAGUCAGACUGAAGUGUUAUUAACUUGAGUUUUGCAGCCAAAUACUUUUUCUGGGACAGACUUUAGCCAGACACCCACUGCUCUAACAGUCAUAUCUAUGGCAGAUACUUGGCAGCUGUCUACUACCAAAGCAAUAGUUCUUGUUCGCCCAGACAGAGUGAAAGGAUUAGGAUUAUCCUGAAGUGGCUCUUACAGAAUACGCUUGCCGAUGAUCAUAUUCCUACCACCAUGCUCAAAUUAAUAGCAGUAACAAUUUUGCAUUUCUUUCUCUUUGAAUUCUGUAGCAAUAAAGGUAGGCUUUCAGUGUCAGGCUAGUUGCUUUAAACACGGAAGCAGAAAGAUAGUGUUUAAACCACUCUUUCUAUUGAAAUUUAGUAAAGGAAAAAUUACUGUCAGUCUUGGAUUUUAGUAAAAGAAUCAUUUCUACAAGCCUUGCAUUGAAUGUCCCUUUUUUAGUGAAGACACAGCAUAGACCCCUAAAGAGUCUAACUCCUUGCAAUGGCACACACAACUGUUUAAAAAGAAUUACACACCAUGAGGGCCAUUAACAAUAUGGCUGCAUUACAGAACUGUGUGUCCAUUGCUGUGCUGUGAGAAAAUAUCUUGUUUGAAGCAAUAGGCAGUGCUUUACUGUUAAUGAUAGUGACGUGUUAAUCUCUUCUGAGCCUCCUUCAGAAGCAGCCAGCUUUCUUGUGUGGAAGAACCUUGGGCUUUUGCAGACCUCACAAAUGGAAAUGAAAUAUUUUUCUAUCGUGAAAAAUAAUUAUAAUAAAUUUUGCUAAAUGUUUUAA